UCAGAGGUUGCAGUGAGCCAAGAUCGUGCUACUGCACUCCAGCUUGGUCAACAGAGCUAGACCCUGUCUCAAACGCAAAAAAUAAAAACAAAGAAAUGGGCAAGUGGCUGGCCCCAAGGCUCAAGGCCCUAGUGGCAGGCCCGGUCUGGCCAGGAGUGGAGUGGUAGUGACUCUCAGGCAGGCAGGGAGGAGGAAGUUGGGCGUCAACCUAAGACCAGGCUCACCGGAUUGCUGGGAAGGUUACCAAGAUGCUGUGUGGUAAGUACUGAGAACAGCCUGAGGGUUUGUCUUUCACUCCUUCCCCUCAUGGGGGCUGCAAACUCACCCCGUGGCCUUUCUGUCCUUCCCUCAGGGCCCGAAGUUGCUCAGCCUGAAGUAGACACCACCCUGGGUCGUGUGCGAGGCCGGCAGGUGGGCGUGAAGGGCACAGACCGCCUUGUGAAUGUCUUUCUGGGCAUUCCAUUUGCACAGCCGCCACUGGGGCCUAACCGGUUCUCAGCCCCACGCCCAGCACAGCCCUGGGAGGGUGUGCGGGAUGCCAGCACUGUGCCCCCAAUGUGCCUACAAGACGUGGAGAGCAUGAACAACAGCAGAUUUGUCCUCAACAGAAAACAGCAGAUCUUCUCUGUUUCAGAGGACUGCCUGGUGCUCAACAUCUAUAGCCCAGCUGAGGCCCCCGCAGGGGCCGGUAGGCCAGUCAUGGUAUGGGUCCAUGGAGGCGCUCUGAUAACUGGCACUGCCACCUGCUACAAUGGAUCAGCCCUGGCUGCCUAUGGGGAUGUGGUGGUGGUUACAGUCCAGUACCGCCUUGGGGUCCUUGGCUUCUUCAGCACUGGAGAUGAGCAUGCACCUGGCAACCAGGGCUUCCUAGAUGUGGUAGCUGCUUUGCGCUGGGUGCAAGGAAACAUCACCCCAUUUGGGGGUGACCUCAACUGUGUCACCAUCUAUGGUGGAUCUGCCGGUGGAAGCAUCAUCUCUGGCCUGGUCCUGUCCCCGAUGGCUGCAGGGCUGUUCCACAGAGCCAUCACACAGAGUGGGGUCAUCACCACCCCAGGGAUCAUCGAGUCUCACCCCUGGCCCCUAGCUCAGAAAAUCACAAACACCUUGGCCUGCAGCUCCAGCUCCCCGGCUGAGAUGGUGCAGUGCCUUCGGCAGAAGGAAGGAGAAGAGCUGGUCCUUAGCAAGAAGCUGAAAAUUACUAUCUAUCCUCUCACCGUUGAUGGCACUGUCUUCCCCAAAAGCCCCAAGGAACUCCUGAAGGAGAAGCCCUUCCACUCUGUGCCCUUCCUCAUGGGUGUCAACAACCAUGAGUUCAGCUGGCUCAUCCCCAGGGGCUUGGGUCUCCUGGAUACAAUGGAGCAGAUGAGCCGGGAGGACAUGCUGGCCAUCUCAACACCCGUCUUGACCAGUCUGGUGAGACAAGAGGCAGAAGGAAGGAGGCUAGUGGAUAUGAGCCAGUGUGGUUCUCAAAGGAAAACCAUCAUCACCAUCAUCGUCAACGUGAAACUGCCCAUUAAUGAGCACAUAUUACCUAGUCAUUUUAUCAUCAUCAUCAUCAUCAUCAUCAUCAUGGAAAUUGAUGUUAUUAUGAGCAUGUGCUGCCAAAGGCAGCAUCGAAUCAGGCCAUGA